AUGUACACAUCCUCGCCUUAUUAUCCGCAGCCAUCGCACCCGGUAGCGGAAUAUCCCUUCCCAUAUCCUCCAUCUUCUGCUCCGCUUCAGCCAGGCGCUGUUGUCACGCGCCCCCCAUCGCUGGCCCAUUCCUCAUCUCGCGCUCCGCCCGAGGGCAAUCAAUUGGACAUCACAAAAAUCGAGCUCGGUGUCGAUACGCGGACCACCGUGAUGGUUAAAAAUAUUCCGAACAAAAUGACAGACAAGGAACUUAUCACGUACAUCAACAAAGUAUGUCCUCGGAGAAUCGAUUUUCUGUACCUGAGGAUGGAUUUCCAGAACGGAUGCAACGUUGGUUACGCCUUCGUCAAUUUCAUAUCGGUGCAGGAUUUGUUACGUUUCGCGAAGGCACGUCUAAAUGAGAAGUGGAACAUAUACUCGAGCGAGAAGGUACUUCAGAUGAGCUAUGCGAACUAUCAGGGAAAGGAAGCCCUCGUGGAGAAAUUUAAGAACUCCUGCAUCAUGGAUGAACGUGAGGAAUGGCGUCCAAAGAUAUUCUUCUCCGAUCCCGGGCCGAAUCAGGGACUUCCGGAGGAGUUCCCAAAGCCUACACAUAUCCGGAGGAAGGAGCGCAGCUCGUACAAUCGUGGCACGUUGUACCCUCCUGGUGUCAGCACCGGCGCAGGUCACUAUAGGUAUCUCAAUACCGGAAACAUUGGUAAUCCUGUUCCGCGACACCCACCAACCCGUGGUUCUGGUGAGGACAGACGACGUCGACGUGGCACUGACGGUGUUUCUUUCCCCUCCCUUGUCGGAGCUGAGGCUGAGGAUGCCACGCGGUCUGGCUGA